CCCCCCCCCGUCUCCCGGCCGCUUUGUGCUGCUGAGGGAGGGAAGAUGGCGGCGCGGGCGGGUUUCCAGGCUGUAGCUCCGAGCGGCGGCGGCGGUGGAGCCGGCCCUGGGGCGGGAGCGUUAGGACCGGGCACCGCUGGGCCUCCUGUUCGAAUGGGCCCGGCGCCCGGACAAGGAAUGUACCGCUCGCCUCUGCCCGGCACUGCAUACCCGCGCCCUGGCAUGCUGCCAGGCAGCCGCAUGACCCCUCAGGGACCUGCAAUGGGCCCUCCAGGUUAUGGCAGCAGUCCUUCAGUUCGACCUGGGAUGGCACAGUCAGGAAUGGACCAGUCUCGGAAAAGGCCAGCCCCUCAGCAGAUCCAGCAGGUUCAGCAACAGGCAGUGCAGAACCGCAACCACAAUGCCAAGAAGAAGAAGAUGGCAGAUAAGAUUCUACCUCAGCGAAUCCGGGAGCUAGUUCCGGAGUCUCAGGCAUACAUGGAUUUGUUGGCUUUCGAGAGGAAACUGGACCAGACCAUCAUGAGAAAGCGCUUGGACAUCCAGGAGGCCUUGAAACGACCUAUUAAGCAAAAGCGGAAGCUGCGCAUUUUCAUCUCUAAUACCUUCAAUCCAGCCAAGUCGGAUGCAGAGGAUGGUGAAGGCACGGUGGCUUCCUGGGAGCUCCGAGUCGAGGGGCGACUGUUAGAGGAUUCUGCUCUUUCCAAGUAUGAUGCUACUAAGCAGAAGAGGAAGUUCUCAUCCUUUUUCAAAUCUCUGGUAAUUGAGCUAGACAAGGACCUGUAUGGGCCAGACAAUCACUUGGUGGAGUGGCAUAGGACUGCAACCACCCAAGAGACAGACGGUUUCCAGGUGAAGAGACCUGGAGAUGUGAAUGUGCGCUGCACUGUCUUGCUGAUGCUGGACUACCAGCCUCCACAGUUCAAACUGGACCCUCGUUUGGCUCGCCUUUUGGGGAUCCACACCCAGACCCGUCCCGUGAUCAUCCAGGCGCUGUGGCAAUACAUCAAGACUCAUAAGCUGCAGGACCCCCAUGAGCGGGAGUAUGUCAUUUGCGACAAGUACCUUCAGCAGAUUUUUGAGUCUCAGCGAAUGAAGUUCUCUGAGAUCCCCCAACGGCUGCAUGCUUUGCUUAUGCCUCCAGAGCCAAUCAUCAUCAACCACGUCAUCAGUGUCGAUCCAAAUGAUCAGAAGAAAACUGCCUGCUAUGACAUUGAUGUGGAAGUAGAUGAUACUUUGAAAACCCAGAUGAAUUCUUUCCUGCUCUCCACGGCCAGCCAGCAGGAGAUUGCUGCUCUAGACAACAAGAUCCAUGAGACCAUAGAAACCAUCAACCAGCUGAAGACCCAGCGGGAAUUCAUGCUGAGCUUUGCCAGAGACCCCCAAGGCUUCAUCAAUGACUGGCUGCAGUCCCAGUGCCGGGAUCUGAAAACAAUGACAGAUGUUGUUGGGAAUCCAGAAGAGGAGCGCCGAGCUGAAUUCUAUUUCCAGCCAUGGGCUCAGGAGGCUGUGUGCAGAUACUUCUACUCUAAGGUUCAACAGAGACGGCAGGAGCUCGAACAGGCUCUGGGAAUCCGCAACACAUAGACCGGCCUGCCUCUCCCUAGCCAGCAGGUCUCGUGGCUACCAAACACUGCAGGGAUUCACUGCUCAGGCCUACGCCAUUCCCACUCCAGCACAGAACCUAGCACUGCUCUCCCAUCCCUUCCGCCAUCAUCUCUUCUCUGCUGCUGCAUUUCCUCCCUUGGGGAGGAAUGUAGUCAGCAGGCAGGCCAAAGGUCUUGCUUUUCAACCUGGCCUCAUUCCUUUGAUCGUUGCCUUCAGAGCCCCAGGGCUCUUCUGUCUUGGCUCUAGCUGAAGCUCUCCUGCACUCAGGACUGCUUCAGUUCAGAGCCUUGCAAGCUCAGGACCUCCUUGCCGAUCCCUCAAUGCCCCUUCCCCAGCCCCACCUCCCCCAAAGCAAUGAGGUUGGACAGCUCUUCUGCACAUCAGCUCUGGCUGAUUCAGGUGAAGCCAGGUCUGUUCAGUUCCCCCUCAGAUCCAGAGCCUGAGGGGCAGCAGGCAGGCAAGCAGGCAUCACUGCAGGGAGUUCCAUGUGCUUUCUGGUCUUUAAGGGGUGGGGAAUGAUGUGCUGGUGCAUCUGUUGGGAGAGGAUGGAAUCCCCCCAUCUCCUUUAGACGUGGCUUUCUUAUCAGGAACCAAAAUGCAGCGAGGUCGGCACAGAGUCAUGGCAAGCCUGCCUGUCUCGCCUGAUCUUAUUGGGAUGGUGCUUUUUUUUUCUGAACAGGUGAAAUCAUCAGAAGGCUCUGGACCUGUCCCUGGGCUGUAGUGGUGACUCCAGGCCACUGCCUUUUAGAGGACAAAGCAUCCCCAUCCCAGCUCCCUUUUUCUUUUCCUCUCUCUCAGUUCUCUGGGCACACAGAAGUUGGCUGAAAGGCUCCUCCAAGCUGCGCUUGCUCUCGGUCUGCCUUCUUCAGCUGACUGGCACAGAGCAGGUUUCUGGGGCAAGCAUUAAGAUGGGGAAUGGGGAUGAGCAGGCAGGAGUCCUUGACCUGAGAAGAAUACAGCAUGGGUGAUGACCAGCAAAUCAGACGGGGCUCACCUCUUGCAUGUAUUUUUUGGUCUUGGGCACCUGCUGAUUUCUGGCAGGGAUGAGGGUUGAGGGGAGAGGAUCUUUCCGCUGAACUGAUUUUUGGGACUGUAAUGCAGCUGGACAGGUCCUAGCUGCUUGUAUUCUGACACUAGCUGCAAAGAUCAAGUUACUGACACCUCCCCUCCAAAGCGAGGCUGGGGACCGCUUUGAUUUCAGGAGUCCAGGUGGCCCUAAUCCUCUAUGUGUGCGUCUGUGUUAAGAGUUGGGGGCUGUCUAGCCUUUCUGUCUUGUCUUUGCCAUAUGAAAGACCACCUUCCCCUGUUACACCCCCCCCCCCCCUCCGCUUUGUGGUACCAGGGAUUAGAACCCUGGUGCCCUCUGUAGCUGCCACAGGCUCUCAGGGCAAGUAUAGAUGAAGGAAGCUCAGAGACUGGCUGGCUAGCAAAGUGUAGUUGUUUUAAGUGCUCUCUUAUUAUGCUUUGUGUUUGUGGUUCUCCUCUCCCCCCCACCCACCCAUUCCCCUUGGACCAAAUUUUUUUUUGUACUGUAUCCUUUUAGAUGUCACCCAGUUUUAAAUAAAAGCUGCCUCUAAAUGAA